UACCUUAGCCAUCAGUCUCUCUCACAACAAUGGAGUCCAAAUUCCUCUCUUCAAUUGCUCCGGCGCCGUCGCCGACACUUUCUACCUUUCAGGCUUCCUCCGACGUAGCCACGGACCGGACUAUUCUAAGUCCGGCUGCGAAAUAUCCGGCGCCGCCAACAACGCCUUCGACGCCGUUAUCCGCUCAAGAUAUACGGCGAUGGAGACCGGCGGCGCAACGAAACCUGAGAAACCAAUGGUCUAAGUUGGCUGCUUUGCGGACGAAAUGGUUUUCCUUAUCCUCCACUGCUCGAUCAUAUGCCACUUCUGUAGUCAAUUCACAUCUCUCCCAAAGGUAUAUGGAUGCAAUGGACUUGGGUGUUUUAACAGAUAUGCCUGAUAUACGUAAAAAGGCAUGUAGGAAAUUGUUCAAGCAGCAGGAGACUUAUAGGAAUAACCUCUUGUCAUCUUACAAAGAUAUGGUGGCUGUUGUAACUCAGAUGGUCAAUGUUUCCAAAUCUAUGAGGUGUUACCGCAAAGGAACAAAUGGCAGUGCACUUACUGAGUUUUCUUUGUUCCCCGGAGAUCAGAAUGACACUGGUGAUAGUGAUGGAAUUCCUGUUUUCACCUUUUGGUCAAUCUUUGAUUUCGAGAAACUGGCAUUGGAGCUAGUCCAGAUGUUUGUGUCAGAAACGAAUAUAAAGCGGUUGCUUGUAAUGGAAAUAUGCUCCAUUGGUUCCGAGGAAUUUUCACAAGUCGACAGGCUGAAAUGGAGUGAUCAUUUCUAUGUAGGAGAGUUUGAAGAUCUGCUCAAAUGCAAUUCAAACUCAAAUGAGGUUCUUAAUCAACUCGUGCCCAGGCUAGAGAGCUGCAAUUCUCGGACUUCCCCCAUGCAAUCGAGUAAUCAAUUAGAGACCAAUAUUCUCCAGGUUUACUUAACAACCUGGCUUGCAGAAGUCAAUGUCGAUAAAUUCAGGAUAGGUGAAUUAUUUGCUAUGGUAGGUGAGGAGAUGCAUGUUACCAUAUCUUGAUGCCUCAACUACACAGAAAUAAUGCGGAUGUAUCUAUUGCACCUGAGCAGAGCGGAAUGGAUACAAAGGGUUAGCAUGGAUAACCCCAACUCAUUUGAUCGAGGCAUGUAUAUAUACAUGUAAUGGCGAUGGAUCUAUUCGCCAAUGAGGUCGAUAGAACUUGAAAUGAUAGAAAAGCGACCUAAGCUGGGAUUUAAGAUGGUGAAGUCGUCCUUGUCCAGGAGAAUCAUCCAACUUACAAACUAUGCUACUGAUGUUUCCCAGGCAAUGAAUCCAAGUGUCAGACAAAUGACUGCCUAAUGCUGUCUUUGUUUGUUAAAGCAACCGGCGAGUGAAGUGCCAACAUUGACAUAUUUAGUAAUAUGAAAGUGAAGAGGCAAGGAAGAGCUGCUAUUUUUUUUUAAUUUUUUUAAUUAUAUAUUGGGGUAGGGGAGUGGGAAAUGGGGGAGGGGAUUACAAGGUGAGGAAUUGAACCCUCACCAAUAAGGUGAAAGUUUAGGUAGCCAACUAACUGAGCUACUAAGAUUCUGCAGCAAGAGCAACUAUGAGCGUUAGUUUUCUAUUUAUUUGUUUGUUUAUUUAUUGGGGGGUUUUUGGGGGCAGAGAUGCUAGGCUCACUCGUUCCAUAGAUAGAAUACUCCUCUUUCAUAUUAGCCCUUGGUGGUCUGCUUGGGUUGGUGUCCAGUAUAACAAGGUAGGAAAAACAUCCUAUUUCUCAAAAUAGGGAUGUGGUCAUGAGACGUACUUUAUGAUGAAGUUACUGUUUGGAAUUCAUAUUGUGAACGUCUAUUCUGGAAA